AUGUCGGUGUUCCUGAUUCGUUUGCAUUACUUUUUCAAAAUUUUUGGUCUAUCGACUAUGAGUGUAGAAAAAUGGAGCAAGAUCAAUCGUUAUCGCUUCAAAACUUCGAGGAAAGAUUUCGCCUACAGUGUCACGCUGAUUUUGGGUUUUUUGCUAUUCGGCUCGUACUACAGCAGAGUCAUGUGGCUGAUGGAUUACGAGGGUAGAUUGAUGUUCGAAAAAAUCUGCGAGGUCUUCUACAUGGUUUUCGCCUUCUCCGUGUGCAUCGCUCUGUACGUUCUCUACUGUACCAGGCAGAGAAAAAUCGUUCGUUUGGCCGACAGGUUCUACGCCUUGGGUCAGUCUUUGGCGGGAAAUUCAGAUGAACUUUUGAGGGCGAUCGUGAAGCAAACAAGAAUGACAUUUCGGACGUACCUGGUACUGUGUGCCAUUUUCAUUAUCUCCGUGCAACCCAUGAUCAACGCCAAUGGCCGCCUUGAUCACAACGUUGUGGUUGGUUUGACCCAAGAUUUCAUAUUGAUGACCGUAAUUCUGCAAUACUGCCUCGUGCUGAUCUGUCUCAUCGAAAUGUUUACGAUGAUCAAUCGCCACUUGGAAGGUAUAUCGAGGAAAUUUUCGCACAAGAGUAUCGACACGAUGUUCAAAUCGUCGAGUAACUUCCACACCUUUGAACUGUACAAAAGCCAAGACUCUCAACUUUCCUACCAUCGUUCUCAGUAUUAUUCUCUUUGCGAUCUGUCGCAGGAUAUUUCGGAUUUUUUCAGCCUGCCCAUGUUGAUGGUCGUGUCGUUCUCAUUUUUCAGGAUCAUCUUUUCUAUAUAUUAUCCAGCUAGGAAAGUGAUAAAUCAAGUGGAAAUUAAUGGCUAUACAUCGCUGUUUUCCUACUGCAGGACGUGGUUCUGGUUUUUGGUUACUGGAUACUUGCUCGUAGUUUUAACGAAUUCGACGGCUAGAAUCGGAAAGCAGAAAGAACGAACAGCAGAAAUCAUCAUCAAGUGGUCAGCCAUUGUCGAUAACACGGCCAUGGAGAAACAGGUUUGA